GUAAAUAAUCACCGACAUUAACGCUUCGACUCCAUCAACGUUGGCCUGGCGAUUCGAUAUUCAUAGGUUAUUUUUUGAAAUAAAUUUGACAUUUAAAACACUUUCCGAGUGAAUUCCCCAAGAAAACACAAUGGAAACAGAAGCCAAAGGUGAAGUAGCCCCCGUCGCCCACCCCCCCGACUCCAGCCCCCCAAAGAAAAAACACAAGAAGGAGCACAAACACAAACACAAAAAGCACGUAACGGAAAAACUCGAUAAGACAAAAAAGACCAAGAAACGCAAAAAGCACAAACACAAACAAAGGGACGUGUCAGAAGACAGGCUUUCGACAAAAAGCGACAAACAUGAUCGGUAUACCCCCGAAUUAUCACCAAAGUCACCAACUGCAGUAUGUAAAAAAAAUGUUAAUCAUAUUAUUAAUGGUAAAUCUUUGUCAGGGACACCAAAAAGCAAGGAAACGGUUAAAACUGACACAGAUGAGUUUGUGACUCAAAAUCUGACUCUCGAGGUGAUCUCGUCGGAGAGCGAGGACGGCGUCCCCGAGACAGAGUGCGACAGCGAUGCGAUUGACGUUAACGUCAUCGAGGCUGACAUGGACUUGGAGGAGUUGAUGAAACAGAAAGAGUUGCUCCAGGCCGAGAUUGCAAAGGCUGAAAUGGAGUCGAAAAAGAACGGAAAAGACCCGAAAAUCGUCGACGAGAUCAUCCUCCUCGACGAUUCGAGCAACGACGGCGAUGUGGCCCCAAAAAAGCCCAAAAGGUCGCUAAGUCGAGAACGCAGAGUCGUCAUUGAGAGAAAAGAGGAUUUGAGACGUCACAGAGAUGACAAAAGAUCACACGAGAGAUAUGAUAAGCGUGCGUAUCACCGGAAAACUCCCGAUCGCUCAAGGUCGUAUAUUUAUGACCGGGAUAGAGCGCGUCAUAUGAGAGACCAUAGAUCGAGAGAAAGACAUAGAUCACGGGAUAGGAGAUAUGAUAAUUAUCGGUCGGAUUAUCGGGAUUAUCACAGGAAUGAUGCAAGGAAGAUGAAGGAACGGCAUAGAGGGAGUAGGAGUGAAAAACAGGAUAAAUACAAGGAUUCGUUGAGUGAAGGACAGAAGCAUGGGGUUAGCAGCGAUAGUGAUAUUGAUGUCAAUAUCGAUCUGGUUGAUGAUGAAGAAGAUGAGCAGAAGAUUAUCGAAAAAAGGAGGAAGCAAAGGGAGGAGUUGUUGAAGCGAUUGGGUGGCGUCAGCGAGGACUCAAACACCAACACUUCGUUGCCGACAUCGCCGAAGGAGGAGAAAGAGAGUACAAACGACACUACAACUGAAACUGAAAAACCAGCUCAAGAAGAAAAAACACCAGAGAAGAAGGAAGAACCAGAACCGGAAGAAUCCCACACUCCACCUCUCCUACCCAACAUGAAGAUAAAACCAAUAAACGAAAAGGAGAAAGAAACUAAAACGAAAAAACCGAAUUGGGACAUGUUUGCAGACCAGGACAUUUUUAAAGAAGAUACAAAUUCGCCAAGUACCAUCAUUACGAAAGGUUCCGGAGCUGAAAAUCCAGCCUUAACUGAUAACUGGGACGACGCUGAAGGCUACUACAGGGUCAGAAUUGGGGAAAUUUUGGAUUCGAGAUAUAUGGUGUAUGGCUACACUGGUCAAGGUGUUUUCAGUAAUGUGGUUAGAGCUCGAGACCAAGCCAGAGCAAAUCUUGAUGUUGCAGUGAAAAUAAUCAGAAAUAAUGAAAUUAUGCAUAAAACCGGAUUAAAGGAAUUGGAAAUUUUGAAAAAAUUGAACGAUGCCGAUCCUGAAGACAAACUUCAUUGUUUGCGCUUGAUUCGGCACUUUUUCCAUAAACAGCAUUUAUGUAUGGUUUUUGAACCAUUAGCGAUGAAUUUACGCGAAGUCCUGAAAAAGUAUGGAAAAGACGUUGGCUUGCAUAUUAAAGCUGUGAGAAGUUACACACAACAGCUGUUGUUGGCCUUAAAGCUGUUGAAAAAGACUGGAAUUUUACAUGCAGAUAUCAAACCAGACAAUAUAUUAGUCAAUGAGAGCAAACUAGUGCUCAAACUAUGCGAUUUUGGUUCAGCAUCUUACAUAAACGAUAACGAAAUCACGCCAUAUUUAGUAUCUAGAUUUUAUAGAUCACCAGAAAUCAUUCUUGGGAUUCCAUACGAUUAUGGAAUUGACAUGUGGUCCGCCGCUUGUACCAUUUACGAGCUUUACACAGGAAGAAUUUUGUUUUCUGGGAAAUCCAACAACCAAAUGUUGAAAUUUUUUAUGGAUGUCAAAGGGAAAUUCCCGAAUAAAGUGAUCCGGAAAGGGGCAUUUAGGGAUCAACAUUUCGACAGCAACUGCAAUUUUCUCUACCAUGAAAUUGACAGAGUCACAGAACGGGAAAAAGUUGUGGUGAUGUCCGUUGUGAAAGUGACUCGGGACCUCCAAGCCGAGCUGGUGGCCGGGCAGGCUUUGCCCCCCGACCAGUUGCGAAAAGUGACUCAACUCAAAGACAUGUUAGAGAAGGCGUUGACCAUCGAUCCUGCCAAAAGGAUCAGCUUGAAUAACGCUCUGACUCAUCCGUUUAUUCAGGACAAGAUUUGAGGGUUGGUCUAGUGAGGUAAAAAAAGCAACAGGACAACCGCGAAUAAUUUUAAUUUUGUUAUAUUUCUUUGAGUUUUUUAAAAGUCUGUACACUAGACUUAUAUUUUAUUAAAAUUGUAGAUUAACAAUGUUGUAGACGGAAAUUCAUAUUGUGGAGUAAAUAAAAUAUUAAUAAAAGUUUGUGAUUUUUGUGCA